UGUCUCCCUGAGGAUCCCGAGCGCGGAUUGGUCCGGGUGCCCGUCACGUGACCCGGGAGGCUCCCGGGCGGCGCUUCCGGCCCAUCCCGCUCCGCCGGCGGCUCCCGGGAAUCCCGGGAAUCUUGGGGGGCCCGGGGCUGCUGCGGCUCCCUCGGCCUCCCCGAGCCAGCACCGAGGGUCUGCCCGCGCCGCCCCGCGCUCCCUUCCGUACCGCCGCCUCGACAGCCCCGGUCCGGCCCUGAGGGAGAACGGGGGCCCUGUGCGGGUCCCUCCCGCGUCGCUCUCGGUCCUCAGGAGCCGCCGCCACCGCGGGUGAUGCCCCCGCCCGCCCGGGCGGCACCGCACACGCCCUCCCCGGCUUUCCCGGCCGGUGUUCCCGAGGCUGCCGCCCGUUUUCCCGGUGAAUUUUCCCGGUGAGUUUUCCCCCCGCAGCAUGGAGUUCGCCGAGCUGAUCAAGACGCCGCGGGCGGAUAACGUGGUGCUGCACCGCCCGUUCCACCCGGCCGUGGAGGGGACGCUGUGCCUGACCGGCCACCACCUGAUCUUCUCGUCGCGGCGGCAGGACAACGCCGAGGAGCUGUGGCUGCUGCACUCCAACAUCGACUCCAUCGACAAAAGGUUCGUGGGCUCCUUGGGCACCAUUGUCAUAAAAUGCAAGGACCUGAGGAUUAUCCAGCUGGACAUCCCAGGGAUGGAGGAGUGUCUGAACAUUGCCAGCUCCAUCGAGGCUCUUUCCACCCUGGAUUCAGUCACCCUCAUGUAUCCCUUCUUCUACCGGCCCAUGUUCGAGGUCCUGGAGGAUGGAUGGUCCUCCUUUCUGCUGGAACAGGAGUUUGAGCUCCUCAGCUCAGUGACCAAUGAAUGGCGUCUCAGCUGUGUGAACAAGGAAUUCUCUGUGUGUCCCUCCUACCCUCCAGUUGUCAUUGUCCCCAAAUCCAUCGACGAUGAAGCGCUCCGCAAAGUCGCCCUGUUCCGCCACGGUGGCCGCUUCCCGGUGCUGAGCUACUACCACAAGAAAAAUGGGAUGGCGAUGAUGAGGAGCAGCCAGCCCCUGACGGGCACCAACGGGCGGCGCUGCAAGGAGGACGAGAAGCUGAUCAACGCCACGCUGCGCUCCGGCCGCCGCGGCUUCGUCAUCGACACCCGGCCCUUGACUGUUGCCCAGCAGGCCAGGGCCAGGGGAGGGGGCUUUGAACAAGAAGUGCACUACCCUCAGUGGAGGAGGAUUCACAAAUACAUCGAGAGGUUUCAUAUCCUGCAGGAGAGCUUCAUCAAGCUGGUGGAGGCUUGCAAUGACCAGUCACACAACAUGGACCGCUGGCUCAGUAAACUGGAAGCUUCCAACUGGCUCACUCACAUCAAGGAGCUGCUGACUGCAGCUUGUCUGGCUGCUCAGUGCAUUGACAGGGAAGGUGCUUCAGUGUUAGUCCAUGGCAGUGAAGGAACUGAUUCCACACUCCAGGUCACUUCCCUGGCACAGAUCAUCCUGGAUCCAAGGUGCAGGACCAUCCGUGGCUUCGAGGCUCUUGUAGUGAGGGAGUGGCUGCAGGCUGGCCACCCUUUCCAGCAGCGCUGUGCCCAGUCAGCCUAUUCCAACAGCAAACAGAAGUGGGAGGCCCCGGUAUUCCUGCUUUUUUUGGAAUGUGUGUGGCAGAUCCAUCGGCAGUUCCCCUGCUCCUUCGAGUUCAACGAGCACUUCCUCAUCCUGCUCUUUGAGCAUGCCUACGCUUCCCAGUUCGGGACUUUCCUGGGGAACAAUGAAAGUGAAAGGGCUAAACUGAAGCUGCCUCAGAAGACCAUGUCCCUCUGGUCCUGGGUGAACAGGCCUGAAGAGCUGAGCAGAUUCCAGAACCCUCUUUAUGAGGCCAACAGCCUUGUCAUCUGGCCCUCUGUGGCACCACAGAGCCUGCAGCUCUGGGAAGGUGUCUUCCUGCGAUGGAACAGGCCUUCCAGAUUCCUGGAGGAAGCCGAGGAAGAAAGGGUCAACAUUAUCAAGUACAACAAGGUGCUGCAGGCCAAGGUGAACGCGCUGAGGCGGCAGCUGGCGCAGAUGGAGACCGAUGGGGAGGUGCCGGAGGAGGAGCCCUGAGCUGGGCUUUGCCUCAGGCCUUUGCUUUCCCCUUUACAUGGAGGAAGAAACAUGGAAAGUGCAUGUUCUGCUGAGCCCUUGGGUACAGCUGAGCCUCCCACUGCUGAACCCCUCACUCCAUCAACCUCCCUGCUUUUUGGGGAGGGGUUUUUGUUUUGUUUACAGAAGACAUAGCUGGGCACAAUGUCCCCUCUUGGCAGCUGUUCUGUUUCAGAAUUGGGUACAGUGUCAGCAGAAGCUGGAACUCUUUACCUCCAACUGUGUGGAUGACCAGGAUGGGCCAAGAGACAGGAUGUCUCCACUUUAUUUUAGACUUCUUCUGGUUUUGUUGAACGCUCACAGGAUUGAAAUACACAGUUCUAUAUACAUAGGUAAAGGCAUUUUGUCUGGAAGCACCUUUUUUCUCCAAGGUUAGGUAAGGCAGCUUAGUUCUUUAAUUUCCUAGGAAAUCUAGAAGUUGUUAAAAUCAAAUUACAUGUUCUGCCAGUCUACACAAUACUCUCAGUAGCCUUCACAUCUCACACUUGGUUUUUUGUGUUCAGCGUUGGCUCGGGAGCAGGAAGUUAAAUACCAAACCAGAGCAAGACAUUUCAGUGCAAUACAGAAUUGAAGGAGGGAUUCUGCUGCUAAUGUUUAAGCCAUGACCUUCAGGUGGAAUUGUCCCUCGUGGACAAUGAUCUCCUAAGGAGGAACAAACUUUUUUUUUAUUCUACCUGGAAAACAAAAAGGUUUAGUAGUUGGUGGGGGUGUCCACUUGCAGAACAGGGCUCAGAACUGUCCUUUAAACCAGAGCCAAGCUGCCUUCUUGCAAAUUCCAACCCCCCUGGUUGGGUUUGGACACCUGGCCAGGUUCACAGCAUUGCUGGGGUGCAAGAGCAACACUUCAUUUACUACUCAACAAAACACUUCUGUUGCACCUGAUGUGCUUUUCCUUCUUGUGCUCUUAUGCCCAUCUUGUGAAACCUCAAAAGCAGAAGCUGGAAGUUCAGGUGACCUCACAGAUCUGCUGCAGAUGAAGGGGCCAUCACACUACAAAAAAAUACUAAGAGUUUAGAUGAUUUGUAGCUGCUAAAACUGCUUAAAGACUUUAGGGAUAAGCUCUUUCCCAUUUAACUUUGUCUUUUGUAGCUGCUCUUUCCAUUUCUGUGGCUUCAAUCUGCUUUUUAUAAAAUCAGAGUUCUCUUGUGAUUUUUUUUUCCUCCUUUAAAAAGACAGGUAGGGGUAGGUCUGAAAUACUCCCUGAGGCAUUUUUUCAGCUUGAGUCUGUGGGUAGCUGCACAGGACUGGGAAAAGUUGAAUUAACAGCAGCACAUAUGACUGGGAUUAUCCAGAAAAGAGCUUUCCUGUUAGCCUGGUUGUGCUGGAAUGAACAGAGCUGCAGUAGGUCAGUGGUGGGAUGCCACUGGAAACUGCUGAGCUUUCAAGUUUAUGGAAUGAAGCUGCCUUUAUUUAAAAGCCACUUCACAUAGAUAUGUGUGAAAAUGCAGGAUCUGUAGUUGUAGAAGUAGCUGGGCAGGAACUGCAAAAAUCAUGUAGCUACUAAAUACAGUCUAAGAAAAUUCUAUAACCAAGGAAAUUAUAUAAAAUUAUGUGAUAAUGGUCAAGUGCUACCUUAAUGCCUUUUGUUCAGUCCUUAUUUCCUUCUUGCCUAAGCUAAACUUAGCCCUGAAGUCCUCUGGCUUAAAAAAAUAACACGAUCCCUUUUAAAACAUUGCUCACUUAAGGCAGAAGAGUGAUUUCCCCUGCUUGCAAUGCCAAUUUCUUUUUUGGUUUGGAGCUUUUUUUCUCUAAAUCCAGCCUGACACAGGGAAUGCUGCUCAGGGUGGCUGGGGAUCUGUUCUGCAUGACAGGGGAGGCAGAAUUGGGCUGUUCCCUCCUCCAAACCUGGUGAUUCCUCUGGGUAUGUUGCUCAUAUAAGCCCUUAAAAUGAUUGUACACCCGUUGAAAUGAUGUCUUUGGGAUCUGCACCUGCCUGGGUGGUGUUUCCCGACCCCAUUCAGAAUUUCUCCAUCUGAAAUCCAUUAUCCCCAGCCAGAUGGGAAGGAUUCAGAAGGCACUAUUUUCCCUGUAAUAGACUAUACAUAAAACACUCCUAAAGGUUAUGCAAUUCCCUAACACAGUAAUUAUAGAUUGAGCUAAAUAAUAGAGAAGCAGAGAGGGUUUUUUUGGAUCUAAUUGCCUGGCUGCUCCAGCCUCUCCUGCAAACUGCAGGCAUCCGAGGAAAUUGGGAAACCAGCUGUGACAGCCAACAAAAGGCAGCACAUUCCCUCUGAGCUGGCAUCAAUUUCAGCCUCCACUUGUGUUGAAUGCACACCCAAGCACUGUGUGUGCCUUGAGAAUGUGCAUCCUGGGAAUGUGCCUGGGAAUGAAUCCUUGGGGCAGUGCUGGUGUCCUUCUGAGCAGCCCCUGCAGUUUAUUCCACAAUUCCUGGGCCCUGCAGCACCUUGUCCCUGCCUUGCCUGGGAGGGCUGUAGGAGAUGCAGUGGGGCCAAGAUGUGUGGUGGUGUAGGUUCUCCUGGGACAGGACACUUCCCAGAGCUGUCCUGCCACGCUGCUGCCACAUUCCCUUUGAAUUUUUCCAUUCCAGUGCCUCCCAGGCUCCAGAUUCACAGCAGCUCUCUCCCAUUCUCUGCUUUGCUGUUUGCCUCCCCUAUCAAAUCACAUAUUUAAUACCAGUGAUGGGUUUGCUCCCUCAGAGGGGGAUCCCUGCCCCAUGACCCUCAGUUUGCAGAUUCCCUGUGAAUUCCUGAGCUGGGGCAGUGCCCAGCUCUGGCUCCUCCCUGUGCCACUGCCUUACGCCCUCGCUGCCACCGCGCUCCUGCUCUUUUGCACGCACUCUUUGUGUAACAAGCUGGACACGGAAAGCCCCAUCUCCAAAUUUUGGGGGUCGGUUCACAAAAUUUGGGGAGGACACUCUGCCAUUUACCAAAAAAAAAAAAAAAAAAGAAGGGAAAAGGAACUAACUUGCACAGUUUUCAUAAGGGAAAUAUGAAAUACGUACCUUCAAUAUUUUGAUUGUAUCGAUUAAGUCUUGAAUGUGGCGCUGGUUUUGACGUGCACUAUUGUCCCUGUUGCAUAGGAUCUAAUUUAAAAUUGCACUGUACAGCAUUUUUGGUGUCUCAUGUGUGCUUUGCUAAAGCCUUGGGCAGUGCUGUGGUUGUGUGAGGGGGGAGGUUUCUCCCAGCACUGCCUGUGUAUUGUCACAGCUGCGCUGUGUGACGUGAGCUGUGUCUGUUCACUACUGCCUGUUCAAGUGAUGAGUGCACUGCUGGCCCAGCAUCUGGAACUGCUAUUUGGACUUGGCUGCUGCAUCAGUCUUUUUUUAUUUUUAUUUUUUCCUGUACAAUUUGAAAUGCCAGGGCUGGGAGUUGUGUGCUGGUGUUAGGUAUUUGCUGUCUGUGUACAGAAUCCCAGCUGCUGCAGCGUGGAAUUUAUUGCAACAACGACAAAGUAACAAAUCUGAGGAAAAAGAAGAUGAUGGCUCAAGGUUCAGCCAUUUGGGGGGAACAAAACAGAUACAAAGUGGCUGUAAACUUUGCUGUAGAUAUGUUGAAAGCAUAGUAGAUGUGUCUGUUUAAAUUAAAACCCUGAAGACUAAAAAGUUCUUUAA